AUGGCUCAAACUUCUAUGUCUCAAAUCUUUGCUUCCCUUGUCGUGGCCCGUGCCGUGGGUUUUAACCUUCGGUUAGAUCUGGUCCGUCUCCUUCCCUCUCCUCUCCUGGGUUCCUGCGAAGCGACGAUGACUGGUGGGAGAACCUUUAUGAGCUCAGGUUUGAAGAUUGGCGGGUUUGUUAGCUCAGCUCUCCGGCCCCGGUCACUGUCUUCACCGGCGUUUCUCUGGCUCUCUUCACCGUCUUCAAUGUCCUCCCCUCUACUCCGUCAAGGCUUCUCAUAUGCUGCUGCUCCGAUGACGGCAACCCUUGAUGUUACUGUUCUCGAAACAUGUCAAAUUUCCGUCGGCUACCCCGGCGAGAUACCUCCGGACCUCCUUGGUCUUGGUAAUCUACGAUCCUCUCUUCCGGUUUCUAUGGAUUCCGGCGAGCUUUCUCCAGGUGUAGCCCUCAGAUUCGGGCAAUCGGACCAGUCGCCGGUAACGUCUCUAGAUCCGAGCUCCGGUGACUGCUCCUCCAUUCAAAUCUCGGGUUGCUGUUCUUCAACUACCCCGUCGUGGCUCGCCGACCAGCUAACACGGCGGCUCAUCCCUAGCCUACCCAGCCCCCGAAAACCCUUCAGAUUUAUCCCUUGGUGGAGGCUCCAUCUAGUCCUACUCCUCGCCGGCGAAAGGACAACGGGGCAAUAUGUUCCCGUCGAUUUCAUGAUUAUCUUAGCCCGGUGUUGUACUUGUUUGGGUGCGACCUAUAGCUUUCCCGUAACGAGCUUGUUUAAACUCGGUUACGUCUAUAUAAGAUCCUCCGUCAAGGAGAGAUUUAUCACAACCACUUCUUUCGAGUGUGUUCACAAAAGCUCAGCCUUUAAGGCAGCUAUUGAUGUUCUUUUGCCGGUAAUGGCAGAAGAAUUGGAGAUCGAUUUGCUUGCAAUCGAUUCUGAAGCCCUUUUUAAGAAUCUUCCGGUUUUGGUCUACGAUUCAAACCGUUUAACCUAUCUUCUGAAGCCUAUCUUGACGCAUCCGAGAAUUCUUUUGGAUUCAGUGUCUUUUAGCUUUAUGUUUAUCCUCUUCUAUGUGUGUAUUGCUUUCAAUCGAUGUAUUAUGCAGUGA